GUUUUGUGCAGCGAAGUGCUCUCUGGCAUGGGAGUCUGCUAGUACUGAGUCGAGAGACAUGGGGCCUGGCUGGGCUGAUCAAGUUUCCUCAGUCACUUUCCAUACCCCUCUGGUUCACAGCAGAUCUUAGGGGUUGUCUUCACUCAGGUGAUCGAUAGCUGGAUGAGCUCAGGUCAGGUGCGAGCCUCUUCUGCAGAGCCGUACCUGUGUGCGGUGCCCUUGCUGAUGCUAUGCUCACCCGCAUGCAUUGCUCAGUCUUCUUCAGUAUGGGUCUUUGGGCUUCAGUGAGAUGAAUCAUUGCUUGGCUCAUCCGCAAAGAACUAUGGAGAACUCAUUUUUUCUUCCUGGGUACAUGGGAGAGAAUUGGGAAGCCCUGGAGGGUCAGCACUGACGUGAUUCGUCUGCAUCCUCACUGCACAGCAGGUUCCUACCUCAUGGUCAACUCCUCUCAGCACGCCCCAGGGCAGAAAGCUCACAUCCUUUUCCAGUCACUGAGUGAGAAUGAUACCCACUGCCUCCAGUUCAGCUACUUCAUGUACAGCCGGGAUGGCCACAGCCCGGGUUCCCUCAACGUCUAUGUGAAAGUCAAUGGUGGCCCACUGGGCAGCAUGGUUUGGAACGUGUCUGGCUCCCAUGGGCGCCAGUGGCAUCAGGCAGAGCUGGCUGUCAGCAUGUUUUGGCCCAACGAAUACCAGGUCCAGUUUGAGGCGGUGAUCUCCAGCGAACAUAGAGGAUACCUUGGCUUGGAUGACAUUUUGGUCUUGAAUUAUCCCUGCUCCAAAGCGCCUCAUUUCUCCCGCUUGGGCGAUGUGGAGGUCAAUGCUGGGCAGAACGCUACCUUCCAGUGCGUGGCAGCUGGGAAGGCGUCGGAAGCCGAGAGGUUCCUCAUGCAGCAGAGGCAGAAUGGAGCAGUUGUCCCAGCUGCCUCAGUGAAGCACAUCAGCCAUAGGAGGUUCCUGGCUACCUUCCAGUUGGACGAGGUCUCCAAGGCAGAGCAGGACCUCUACCGCUGCGUCACCCAAUCUGUCCGGGGCUCCGGUGUCUCCAACUUUGCAGAGCUGAUUGUGAAAGAGCCUCCGACGCCCAUUGCUCCCCCACAGCUGCUUCGAGCUGGCUCCACCUACCUGAUCAUCCAGCUCAACACCAACUCCAUCAUUGGCGAUGGUCCCAUUGUGCGCAAGGAGAUUGAGUACCGCAUGACGUCAGGGCCCUGGUCAGAGGUCCACGCUGUCAACAUGCAGACCUACAAGCUGUGGCAUCUGGAUCCCGACACGGAGUAUGAGAUCAGUGUGCUGCUCACUCGUCCAGGCGAGGGAGGGACUGGCAAGCCGGGGCCGCCCCUCAUAAGCAGGACCAAAUGCGCAGAGCCCAUGCGGGCACCCAAAGGGCUCGCCUUCUCAGAGAUCCAAUCCAGGCAGCUGACGCUGCAGUGGGAGCCACUGGGCUACAACCUGACCCGCUGCCACACCUAUACAGUCUCACUGUGUUACCGCUACUUUGUGGGCAGCAGCCACAACCAGACCUUCCGGGAAUGCAUGAAGAUGGAGCGCAGUGUCAACCGCUACACCGUUAAGAACCUGCUGCCUUACAAGAACAUUCACGUGAAGCUUAUCCUGUCCAACCCUGAGGGACGCAAGGAAGGGAAGGAGAUGAUAUUCCAGACAGAUGAGGAUGUCCCUGGAGGCAUUGCUUCAGAGUCGCUCACAUUCACUCCCUUGGAGGACAUGAUCUUUCUGAAAUGGGAAGAGCCAGUGGAGCCCAACGGUCUCAUCACCCAGUAUGAGAUCAGCUACCAGAGCAUCGAGUCUUCAGACCCUGCGGUCAAUGUGCCCGGCCCGCGGCGCACUGUCUCCAAGCUCCGCAAUGAGACGUACCACGUCUUCUCCAACCUGCACCCAGGCACCACCUACUUGUUCUCUGUUCGGGCACGCACUGGAAAGGGCUUUGGCCAGACAGCACUGACCGAGAUCACCACCAAUAUCUCAGCUCCCACCUUCGACUAUGGGGACAUGCCAUCACCUCUGAGCGAGUCGGAGAGCACCAUCACCGUGCUGCUGAGGCCCGCACAGGGCAGAGGGGCCCCCAUCAGCACAUACCAGGUCAUUGUGGAGGAAGACAGGCCCAAGAAGAUGAAGAGGGAGUUGAGCGGGCAGGAGUGCUUCCCGGUCCCACUGACGUACGAUGAUGCCAUGUCCCGGGGCUCCGUGCAUUACUUUGGGGCUGAGCUGCCUCCCAGCAGCCUCACCGAAGCCAAACCUUUCACUGUUGGGGACAACCAGACGUACAGUGGGUACUGGAAUCCACCACUGGAGCCCAAGAAGGCUUAUCUUAUCUACUUCCAGGCCACAAGUAACCUGAAAGGGGAAACCAGGCUGAACUGUGUUCGGAUUGCACGCAAAGCUGCCUGCAAAGAGAGCAAACGUCCCCUGGAGGUGUCCCAGCACUCGGAGGAGAUGGGCCUGAUCCUGGGCAUCUGUGCUGGAGGGCUGGUUGUCUUAAUUAUUCUCCUUGGCGCUAUCAUUGUCGUCAUUCGGAAAGGAAAACCUGUCAACAUGACCAAGGCUACCAUUAACUAUCGCCAUGAGAAGACCCACAUGAUGAGCGCUAUUGACCGGAGCUUCACGGACCAGAGCACUCUGCAGGAGGAUGAGCGGCUGGGCCUGUCCUUCAUGGAUACCCACAACUACAGCAACAGAGGUGACCAGCGCAGCACUGUGGUCAACGAGUCCAGCAGCUUGCUGGGAGGGUCUCCCCGUCGCCAGUGUGGGCGCAAGGGAUCCCCGUAUCACACCGGGCAGCUCCACCCUGCUGUCAGAGUAGCUGAUCUCCUUCAGCACAUCAACCAGAUGAAGACUGCUGAGGGCUAUGGCUUCAAGCAGGAGUAUGAGAGUUUUUUUGAAGGCUGGGAUGCUUCAAAGAAGAAAGACAAGACCAAAGGAAGACAAGAUCACAUGCCAACCUAUGACCGGCAUCGAGUCAAACUCCACCCGCUGCUUGGGGACCCCAAUUCGGAUUAUAUUAAUGCUAACUACAUUGAUGGUUACCACAGAUCCAACCACUUCAUAGCCACUCAAGGUCCCAAGCAGGAAAUGGUAUAUGAUUUCUGGCGCAUGGUGUGGCAAGAGCAUUGUUCCAGUAUAGUGAUGAUAACGAAGCUGGUGGAGGUGGGAAGGGUGAAGUGUUCCAAGUACUGGCCGGAUGACUCGGAAAUGUACGGAGACAUCAAAAUCACCCUGGUGAAGUCAGAGACACUGGCAGAAUAUUCUGUACGGACAUUCACCCUGGAAAGGAGGGGUUAUUCAGCGAGGCAUGAGGUGAAGCAGUUCCACUUCACUUCAUGGCCAGAACAUGGGGUGCCUUACCAUGCCACAGGGCUCCUGGCCUUCAUCCGAAGAGUGAAGGCUUCCACGCCUCCGGAUGCAGGGCCAAUCGUCAUCCACUGCAGUGCUGGUACUGGGAGGACUGGUUGUUACAUUGUCCUGGAUGUGAUGCUGGACAUGGCGGAGUGUGAGGGGGUCGUGGACAUUUACAACUGUGUGAAGACACUGUGCUCACGGAGAAUCAACAUGAUACAGACUGAAGAGCAAUAUGUUUUCAUCCAUGAUGCCAUCUUGGAAGCCUGUCUGUGUGGCGAGACCAGCAUCCCGGUCAGCGAAUUCAAGCCAACGUACAAGGAGAUGGUCAGGAUAGAACCACAGAGCAACUCCUCGCAGCUGCGGGAGGAGUUCCAGACCCUGAACUCAGUCACACCCCACCUGGACGUGGAGGAGUGCAGCAUCGCCCUCCUGCCACGCAACCGGGAGAAGAACCGCAGCAUGGACGUCCUGCCUCCGGACCGAUGCCUUCCCUUCCUCAUCUCUGUGGAUGGGGACAGUAACAACUACAUCAACGCGGCCUUAACUGAUAGUUACACCAAAAGCGCUGCCUUCAUCGUCACCCUGCACCCACUGCAGAACACCGUGACAGACUUCUGGAGGCUGGUGUAUGACUACGGCUGCACCUCCAUCAUCAUGCUUAACCAGCUGAACCAGUCCAACUCUGCCUGGAUGGGGAAACUGAGACACAGAAAGGGGGGAGGUGAAUUUCCCAAGGCCACCCAACAGCCUUGUUUACAGUACUGGCCUGAGCCAGGACUCCAGCAGUACGGCCCUAUGGAAGUAGAAUAUGUUUCCGGAUCGGCUGAUGAGGACCUUGUUUCUCGCCUCUUCCGAGUCCAGAAUAUCACACGGUUACAGGAAGGACACCUGAUGGUCCGGCAUUUCCAGUACCUGAGGUGGUCAGCAUACAGAGACACACCAGACUCCAAGAAGUCUUUCCUGCAUCUACUCGCCCAAGUGGAGAAGUGGCAGAAGGAGAGCGGUGAUGGGAGGACGAUUGUGCACUGCUUGAAUGGGGGUGGUCGGAGUGGCACCUUCUGUGCCUCUACCAUGAUCCUGGAGAUGAUCAAGAGUCACAACAUGGUAGACGUUUUCUAUGCUGCAAAGACCCUCCGCAACUACAAGCCAAAUAUGGUAGAGACAUUGGAACAGUAUCAUUUCUGCUAUGACAUGGCACUGGAAUAUCUGGAGUCCCUGGAGACCAGAUAGCACCUUACCCGGAGAUCGAAGGCAGGAGCAGAGGUGACACAGACUGGUUGCCAGAAUUACAGAACUCAUUCUGUUACCUCAUCGAUGCCUCCGUGACACCUUGAAACACAAAUGCGUGGACCUUGGUAAGCAAGUGAGAUUCACCUGUGACCACCCAUGGUCAUGUCUGGACACAUCCAAAGCAUGAAAUGGACCUGAGCUGAAGAAGUGACAAAGAGGAGGAGAGAAAGAUGAAAUCAGGCUUGUUUGUGAGCAACGGCCAUGAAAGAGAUGGACUUGGUGGGGGUUUUAACUGUAUUUUAAGUCUAAGCAGCUUUUCAGAGGAGCCCAGAAGGAUCUGGGCAGGUUUUGCCCUGUGUGGAGACAGGUGUCUUGCUGGAGUAAACACACUAAAGGGAGUUGUAUAAUUUUCAGCCUAUUUUAUUCAUGAGUUUGAUGUUUGCUAAUCAAUGGCAGCUCUCAGAUAGGGGUGGAAGGGUCCCAUCUUUGGUGUGUACAAGUUCCAGUCCUUGCCAACAUCCAGCCCUUUGAUAGACGAGGAAACGAGGAAUCCAGGUUGCAUUAAAUGUCAGAGAGGUACACAAGCUGUUCCUGGCUGUGCAUCCUUGCAAUGUAAGGUGUCCUGCCAGUAUUUUCAAAGGUGACUUCAUGAUUGUGAGUGCCUUAAGGCAGUUUUCCUUUUUUUCAGGUGUGCUUAAGAUUAAAUAUCUUAAAAUCUUAAUAUCUUAAAAUCACCUGGUUUUCUGAAGGGGGUUCUCAGUGUUUUUUGACUGUUGGGCGUGUUUGCGGUAUCUCGAGGUACAUGCCCAAGAAGAGAAACCCUCUGAAUCACCUAAUCACAUUUGAAGAUCUUGUCCUUUGCUCACUCAGCUUCAAGGCCUCCUACAAAAAUGCUCACUUGGCUAAUGACGGCUGCUUCACUGAGUGUACGCCAUCAGGUGGCCAAGCAGAAAGACUUGAUUCAUCAUGAAAAGACACUGCAGGCAGGUGGGAGUGAGCAAAAUGUAGUCAGUCACAGCUGGAAUGGAUGCCUUCAGAAAUAACUACAAAAUAGUGUGGAGUAAAGGCCCAAAUGCAGCUUUCAGUGAAAGUCCAGAGUAAGCCCACUGAAAUCUAUCAGCCAGAUCAGACCUUCAGUUAUAAUAUGGCAAUUUCUUUCAAAUCACCAGGAUAAAAUCUGUUCUCAGUGAUGCCAGUGCAAAUCCCGAGGAAUUUCCUGAUGCUGCGAGCCAGUACACCGAUGUGAAGCUAGAUUUCUUUAGGUGAAAUCCCUGACAAGUUUUUAGUCAUCAAGGUGGAUUUCACUGCUCUGAAAUGAGGACUAGGACCUACCCAAAAAUGUAAGAACACCUUUGGGGGUCCAAGUCUCGGAGCAGGAAAGUAGGCAGGGGUACUUGGAAGAGUGGCUGACACACAAGUGGUCAGCGCCGUUGCCUCAGGUGGUGGUUGUGACCUGCACUGAGCUGGAAGUGGAGAGAAGAGAUGAGCUGUGGAAAGCUGAGUGACAAGAAGUCUCAGCCAUGUCUGAACACUGCGUCUUCUUGACUUCCUGCCAGGGCUUGUGGUGGGUGAGUCCAGGCUAAUGGACUCAACAUUUUAGAGCGUCCAAGGGCUUGCUGGGUUGAUGCCACCUAUUGACCAGGAGGCAGAGGUCACUUCAUCUUCAUCGUGACAAGUACAUGGGUUCCUUCCCCCAGGAAAAAAGCCCAGCUAUAAUCUUAAUUCUUGACAUAACCUGCAGAAGAGUUUCUCCACUAUCACUCUGCCAUGACUUUUAGCUGUGGACCCAGAAUCCCUUGUGUUUCACUGUUGCCCUUGGCAAGUAUUAAAUUAGGAUCUGGUUGCAUAUGCCUGACAGCCAGUUUGACUUGGACUUAGAACAGAAUUAGCUGAAGCCCAGUAGUUUAUCUGUAGCUUGUUUUUAAUGCUUAUGGACGAGCCAGUCAAAAGAUGAGUUGCCAUCCCAUAUGGUGAGCCCAUUUCCUCUGAUGAUGAGCACAGAUGGUGCUAUGCUCCAUCACAUAUCUGAGUUCCCACUCAGCACCACAAAUGGCUAUAAGAAGCAGCGGCCAAAGUGACAGAAGCCUGGUGUCUGACACCAUAAACUCAGAGAGCUAGAGGGCUGCUCCCCUCUGUCUCGAGGACCAGGCUAUGCCCUAGCGGCAAUUGUGUCUUGGCAGGAAGAGCUCAGAGGCAAAAUUCUCCUCUUUGCCUUCUGGUGUUGUGCACAGCCAUUUCCUCCUGAUGGCUCCAUUCAUUAUCUAUGGCCAGACUGCUGUUUUCCUACAGCCCCAUGUGGUAGCUCUUUCACCAAGUCAGGCACAUUUAUUCCCUUGCAUCUUUUCUCACUUAACCCAUCCAGCUCAGCCAAUGAAUCGUUCACGCUGGUCUUUGCCCACCUUCCUCUGUGUCAGUGCCUUGUCAGUAGGGACAAGCUCCAAGCCCAUGGCAAUAAGUUCAGUUUUCCAGAGCUUCAGUGCAUAAGUCCUAGGUGAGAUAGUAGUGCCUUUUGACUGCUUCCAGGAUGCAUGCAAAAUUCAGCAGUUAAAUGGAGAAGCUCCUAAGUGCAAGCGCUUGGCCUUCCAUACACUGAGUUGUUGUCUCUCAUACCAAAGCCAACCCCAGGCCUGCUGCUGGCUCUGUAAGCUGUGUUUGUUCCCUUUCCUUUCCCAGCAGGGGAUGGGGCCACAAUAUGCAUCACACAUCCAAGAAACAAGAGUGCUCUCAGCAUAUUUACUAAAGGGAAGUUCAUCUCCUGUGUGCAACAAGGCAGGAGUAUGGGGCCAAGUGCAAGGAGAGGAUGGUAGGGCUUUAUGCUCAGCCUCCUUGUCCACUGGGUCCUCUCAAAGUGCCUGCACUCCACAAGGUGUAGAUAGAGCUAGUUGGGAAAUUAUAUUUUUGAGGAAAAAGAUGCUCCUUUGAGGCUUUUCUACAAGCCAUUUAAGGGUGGGUGCUGCACAGGAGAUAUCUCCUGGGUAUCUGCAAGGAGGGUGCAGAUACCUAGGAAGGAAGAGGAGAUACUUAGGCGGCCACAGCAAGUUCAAACUGAAUAGCAGGGCAUUUUCCAACCCUGAGGCCCGUUGGAUGUGAGCAGUGUCUCAGGGGGAGGUUCUAUAAAUGCUAUCUCAUUGCCAUGCAGAAUCUACUCGGCCUAAUAAAUUGCUUAUGAAAUCAAAGAAGUGAUAUCCAGGAUGAGCUUAGCCCUGUGUUUGGAGCAAUCUUAAAUCAGUCUCCAUUGGGUGGACCUGAGUGACACAAGAAGUCUUUGCUAUUGCUGUCACUGAUUAUUCUUGACUUGCUCCAUCCAUCUUUGUAUUAAACAUGUUUGAUA